UCUUUGUUAUGGAGUGGUAGAAUGUUCCGUGACCGAGAAUGUUGUACCCACGGUUACUGAAAGGCAUUUGAUUGCACUUUUACUACUGUAAUCGAUCUUGCAAAUUAAGCCUAAUCAAAUGCCUACUUCUCUGCUACCUAGCCGAGCAAGCAUCUAACAGGAAACAGAGGACAGUAGCCUACUACGGAUCUCAUGGGAGGUAUGUAAUUGCGCACAAUUCACAUGGCAAUAAAGAUUUGUACCUCAUAUGAACCCCGGUAGUUGCGAUUUCGAUAACAUCUUCCACGAAAACGCAUAUUAUAAUGUACAUACUAAGAUGCUUUACGACGCAGCAGUUGUGAUUGAGCUUUCCCAAAGAGCAAGUCAACUUGAAUAGGUGUGACAAUGUCUGGAAGUAGCAGCCCGUUCUUCGAAGUUAACAUCCCCGUGCCAUUCGGAAGCAUCGCGGGAAAGUGGUACGGAUCGAAAGAUGUUAGACCAAUCUUGCUCAUCCAUGGACUUAGCGAUAAUUGCGGUACAUUCGAUCGACUGAUUCCGCUGCUGCCAUCACACGGCAGUUAUCUGGCUAUUGAUCUGCCAGGACAUGGUCAAUCGUCCCGAAUUCCCAACGGUAUGAUGUAUCAUGUAGCUGACUUAGCUCAAGUCAUCCUAUGGAUUAUGAAGGCAUACAAAUGGUCUAAAGUAUCCUUGCUAGGCCAUUCCAUGGGCGCCUUGGCUUCCUUUUGCUUUGUUGGAAUGUUCCCUGGAAAAGUUGAUCUGUUUAUUGCUCUGGAUGCGCUGCAGCUGUGUCACUUCGAACAGAUUCUUGAUCAGCAAGCCAACUUCAUUAGCCGGUCAAUGCAAGCUGACGAAGAUUAUGUGAACAACGUUCCAACAAAUAAAUAUACCUACGAACAGCUGAUUGAUAAAAUACACCAUUUACCAAGCUGUACAAUUCCAAAGGAUCUUUGUCAUCACAUACUUAGGAGAAAUAUCCGCAAAUCGACGCUACUGCCCGAGAGCUACUGCUUCCAGUAUGACAAUCGAACCAAAUAUCCAAACAUUUUGGGAUGGUCCACGGAAGCGAGCGCAUUAACUGCAAAGCGGAUCAAGUUUCCAGUAUUGAUUAUCAAAGCAACUGAUUCUAUACCGUAUGGAGAUGAUGAAGAGUUUAUGCGUAUAGUUAAUUCGAUAAAGGACAACAAUGUUCCUAUUAAACUGGUUAACAUGACCGGAGGUCAUUACAUCCACUUGAUUGACGCUGACCGGGUAGCAACCGAAAUAGGAAAAUUUCUAAAUGAUAUUGGUUACUUUGAGAAGUCAGUAAAAAGUAAAAUUUGAAGAGACGUCAUCUGGUGAGUUGCAUUAGUGAGGCAGUUGGGUGAUUAGUGGUGCUAUCUUCAAU